UUUCCCAGCAUUCCUUCACAGGAAGUGUGUCCGCUCCCAACACUGGUCCGACUGCAGCAAACCGGGCGACAGCACGAAGCAGCAUGUGUGAGCUCACGUGAAGCAAGAAGCGCGUGAAGAGCAGAAGUUCAUCAUCACUGAUCAACUCUGAAGUUACAGCAACAUGUCGGAGGCACUGACCCGGCAGAUAAAGGAUCUGGAGGCAGAGCUGGAGGAGCUCAGGUCCCAGCUGAGGGAGAGGACUGCAGCCGGAGAGGACUUGGAGGUGACGUCCAGUGAAAACGCCGACCACAAGCCUCAUGGGAAGUCCAGUGGCUGCAAGAAGGGUAAGAAAGCCCACAAGGAGCGUCCUUUUGACUUCUCCGCCCACCCUCGGCGCCACGCGGCCCUGCGGCUGGCGUACAUGGGCUGGGCCUACCAGGGCUUUGCGGUGCAGGAGAACACCGACAACACGGUGGAGGCCCGACUCUUCGAGGCUUUGCUGAAGACGCGGCUGAUCCAGGACCGACAGAGCUCCAACUAUCACCGGUGUGGUCGCACCGAUAAAGGAGUCAGCGCCUUUUCCCAAGUCAUUACAAUUGAUUUGAGGUCCACACAGUUUUCUGGAGGACUGGGUGUCACGCUCCCAGAGCAUAUCGACGCAAACACCAAGAGUAAAGCUGCCGCCUCGGAGGUUCCGUAUGUGAAGAUGCUGAACAGAGUCCUGCCCCAGGACAUCAGGAUCUUGGACUGGGCCCCCGUCGCAGAGGGGUUCAGUGCUCGCUUCGACUGCAAGUCCCGCACAUAUCGCUACUACUUCCCCCGAGGGUCUCUGGAUGUGCCAUUAAUGGCAGAUGCUGCAAAAAGGUACGAGGGGACUCACGACUUUCGCAACCUGUGCAAAAUGGAUGUGGGCAACGGCGUCCUGCAGUUCGAGAGGACCAUCUUGUCAGCGUCAGUCAAACCAGCGUUGCCUGAACACACGUCCAGCACAGAUCACUAUGACAUCUUCAUCUUUGAGAUUAAAGGAUUAGCCUUCCUUUACCACCAGGUACGAUGCAUGAUGGCGUUGCUUCUCCUGAUUGGACAGAAACUGGAAGCCCCGGAGUUAAUUCAUCAGCUCCUGGAUGUUCAGAGUAAUCCCCGAAAGCCCCAGUACAGCAUGGCGGUGGACUUCCCUCUGGUGCUGUACGACUGCCACUUCGAGGGUUUGAGCUGGAAGCAGGAGGCUGAGGAGGUGAACUACGUCCUGUCAACACUGCAGCAGCACUGGACCCAGAGCGCAGUGAAGAGCCACGUCCUCCAUGGGAUGAUCAAGGGUUUGGAAGCCUCAGGCGGAGUUUCCUCCAACCACUGCUGGUUAGUGGAAGGCAGCAGGCAGAGAAACUAUCGGCCGUUGCUGGAGCGUCCGUGCUGCGAGAGCCUGGAGUCCAGGAUAGACCACUUUGUCAAAAGAGGCAGACUGGAGCGGGAGGAGGGCGAGAACGGAGGGGACACUGUGCACAGAGGGAAAAGGUCCAAACAUUCCCACAAUUCCUCCACCGGGCCUGUUUCUUCAGAGCUGCCACCGGCGAAGAAAAGUGCAGAUCGGAAAACAGAAGACUGAUAUUUUUCUGUUGGAGAAAGGACUUGACAACGUUUAUUUUUUUUAAUUUUCUUUCAAGAAAGAGCAUUGUUUCAUUCCAUUUUUAAUUCAGGACACAAAACAGGGGAUUUACAUUUUUAUUUCACAAAACCUAUUUUCUACCGAAGCUUAUUGCAUUCACUUGAGAAAAAAAUUCUUCUGUAUUAGAUUAUUAUGUCAGAAUUGUUUUUCCGAAUCAACAAUAUAGCUUAACUCAAAAUCCUAAAUGAUGUUCUUGUUUUGAGUCAUUGGGAGAAACUAUUUUGUCUUCUUAAGUAUGACAGAUGGCUUGGUUAUCAGUGUAUAUGCUUUUACACAGGCCCCCUUAGCACUUGUUUAGACAGAAAGUUCAGAUUUUGAGCUGUGUCGUUAAUUCAGAACAAGCAGCAGGAUUUGCUCAUGGAAACUCAAGAUUUACGACAAUCUCUCCUGAUGUCCCAAAAGAUGGUAUUUUUAUGUUGUGCGCACAGAGUUAAUAUCUGCUUAGUAAAGACAUGUCUGGCCGAUGCUCAGAAGACAAAGCCAAGUUGGAUUUAUAGCUUUUAUUAUUAAGAGCGACGAGAACUUCAUCGUGUGACAUUCCCGGGUGAAAAUAGAACUUCGGCUGUUUUGCAUCUAAAACAUCUUAAAAUAAACAUCUUGUGCGCACAGGUUAUUAUCUUGAUAAGACAAAUCAUCAAGAAAUGUUUUGGGACUUCAAGGGCGCCCUCGUUUUCAAGACAUAAUAAUCUCUCAUUUUCUUCCAUGCCAAAAAUUUAUUUUGCACAAAAAUAAAGCCGUUUUGGAGAAA